AUGUUGCUCGCUGGUAUGACGAAGAACACCAUCGCUGACCAAUUAGAGAUUCGGAUCCUCAAUGUUCGCAGCAGAGCCAUGGUGAUCGAUCAAACGAAUAUCCCAAGAGAAAUCAAUGCACCGAUAACAAAUUUAGCCCCACCUUCGGAGGUGAUUUCACCGAUUCUCACUUAUGCAUCAACCCCACCCUUGUUAAUUUCAUCGUUUCCUACCGAGGAGCUACAAGAUGGUGAUCUAUUUCUAAGAGAAAAAAACGAAAUACUAGGAACAAAAUGUCAUUGUGCUAAACUUCAAGGUUCAAAGAAAGACAAAGAGAUUGGGAAAAGUCCUAUUGUUUUUCCUUUGAGUUUACAUGAUAAUAUUACCGAAGGAGAAGAUGUUAAUACAAUUGCUGAUAAUGAUGAUCAGGAAGAACAUAAGGCUCAACAUGAAGGUAACAACAGUACACUAUCAAGUCCAUUGGCACCAUUGAUGGAGGUGGUGCAUACAAUUGUGUCAGAUGAUUGUGUUUAUUUUGGUGUAAUGGAGAUUAAAGCUUUGAAAUGGAUGCAAAACCCACAAGUUAUUUUUGCUAAACAAUCUAAUCCUGUUUGUUCAACUGCUUGGUUGAAUGAUUUUUCUCUAAUCAGGCAGGUUCGUUGCAAGGCUACUCCCGAUGUAGUUUUUACACUACAAGAAAUUGUAAGAGUAAACUUGAAGCCUAAUUUAAUUACUUACAAUCAUUUGAUUCAUGGAUAUUACAAGGAGGGGAAGUUAGUUGUUCUAAAGAGAGCUAUGUUUGAUCCUUUUGACACAGGCAAGAAGAUGAACAACAUCAGGUCGUAUGCGAGAAGGGUGUUUAUUAUGAACGACUGCAAUGUGUUGAUGCAGAAAUAUCUUGGUCCCUUGGGGGGAUGUUGUGGAUUCCUAUGA